AAAAUAAAUAUCUCUGCCAAACCACCUGGUAACCAAUCAGUGAAAGCUGAUUCACUGUGGCGACUCUAGUAGGGAAAUGCCAAAACGUGAAGAACAACAUUUAGGACAAAACUGGAUGUGAAGCCUAUCGAGACGACUGUUGUUGUGAAUUUGGGCUAUACAAAUCAAAUUGAAUUGAAUUGAUUGUGGACCUGAUUGGUGUCUGAACUAUUUUAACAUUAUGCAUUUCUCGAGUUUGGUAUUUUUCUGAAACUGAUGUUGUUAUUUUUUUUACACCUAUUUUUUCAGAAUUUUUGCAAUAAUCUUCAGCGAACUUUUUAACGAUGUCAUUCUGUAAUGUGCCUUUUUUUUUUCCAUUUUAAAAUGGAAGGAAAUUCUGUCCAUCAAUUUAAGCAGACUGCCGUUGCACAUUCUGAACUCCUGCCAAGUUUUUAGCUUCGGCCACUGCAGCGACAAUAAUAACAGUAAAUUACAUACAACCAAAGGGGUUUUAAAAACUGAAACAUGAAAGGCAGAAUAAAAUGAGACCAAACACUGGGGGGCCCAAGAUUGGCCCUGGAUCAUGCCUUGGACACGCAGCAAUGGACAACAGAGCCAAACAGGGCUGCACUUCCCCCUCACGCCAAAGGGGGUCACUUUUUCCCUACACGUGUGAGGAAUCAGCUGGAAUCAGCUCAUGGACUCUGGUGUCAGGUCUUCCGUAAUCCCAUCAGAAUGUGGGAUUCUGUGCAGAACUGCUGAAUGGGAUGACAUACGGAUGGAGAUAGAAAAAUGCGCCCCCUCCUCCUCCCCCUCUCCCACAGAUUUACUCUUUAUCUUGAGUGGCAUGGAGGGGUGGGCGCUGCAAAGACGCACGUUGCAAAACAGCCACUCAGUGGUUAAAUGAUUUGGCAUCACUCGUGUGCACGCGCCCACACGCACGUCGUGGACUUCAUAAGCCGCCACCAGUCUGCAUCGCCGCGUUUCCAUCGAAUCAUCCGUCCGUGGCGCGCAGACCAUGGCACUGGCCGACACGGAGCGCACAGCGUCCAGCUGCGGGGAUCCAAGCGCCGCGUUUUCAGAGAUCAUCGAGCUGAACGUCGGCGGUCAGGUCUAUGUGACCAGACACAAAACUCUCGUCGCAGUCCCAGAUUCACUCCUGUGGAACAUGUUCAGCAAGAAGUCACCCAAGGAGCUGGCGAGAGACAGCAAGGGGCGCUUCUUUCUGGACAGGGAUGGCUUCUUGUUCCGCUACAUCCUCGACUACCUCCGGGACUUGAACUUGGUACUCCCGGACUACUUCCCGGAGAAAAGUCGGCUCCAGAGGGAGGCGGACUUUUUCCAGCUGCGAGACCUGGCGAAGCGCCUCAGCCCGCGGGUGAGUAAGGACAACUCCAUCUGCGAGGAGAUCAUCAACCAGAGCGACACGGAGGACGGCGGGCUGCAGUGCUGCUCCACCUCCGGGGGCAUCGACACUUUACGCGCCGCGUCCGUCAGCGGAGCCAUGCGCUCCCCGUCCCUGGACUCCAGAAAAUCCGGCUACAUCACGAUAGGAUACCGAGGGUCGUACACCAUUGGCAGAGACAUCCAGACUGACGCCAAAUUCCGGAGAGUGGCGCGCAUCACCGUGUGCGGGAAGACCUCUCUGGCCAAAGAAGUGUUUGGAGAGACGCUGAACGAGAGCAGGGACCCUGACAGGCCCCCGGAGAGAUACACAUCCCGCUACUACCUGAAGUAUAAUUUCUUAGAGCAGGCGUUUGACAAGCUGACAGAAGCGGGCUUCCACAUGGUGGCCUGCAGCUCCACAGGCACCUGCGCCUACACCAGCAACGAUCCAAACGAGGACAAAAUAUGGACAAGCUACACUGAAUAUGUAUUCUGCAGAGAAUAACCAAAAGGGGGGCUUAUUGUGUAAAUAUAAACAUCACAAUCUAGCAGGAGAAACAAUAGAAUAAAUAAAAAUAUUCCUAAAUUAGAUUUGGGUUUUCCACUCUAGAUGAUGUGGAGGAAAAGGCUAAAGAAAGUGAGCCUAAUUUGAAUUGACUUUCAUCCAAACCACCACAUUAACAUGAUCUUCAUUUCAAAGCUCAGUGUUUUCCUUCAUAUCUGACUCUGCUGUGAACUGAGAUGAGCUUCAGUUAGUAUUCAGUGUCCUUUCUAUGCUUGUCGGACCAAAUUUACCCUUUCAGAGAAGUUCUUUCACUGUCAUGAUUGUAAGUGUACCUGUUGUGUUGUAUUUAGUAUGUUCAGAUGAAAUAAAGUCAUUUACUCUUUCAA